AUGCGAAUCAGCUGGCUGGUCAAGGUCCUUCCGGUCGUUCUGACCGGCACCGUCGUGUCGGUCUUCAAUCUGGAUAUUCACGAUGCUCAUAAGUCUCAGUCGAUGGGAUACCUCCAACUGUCGGCUAGACUGGCCCACUGCACGGGUAAUCAGACGUACUCCAAUAGAGCGCAGAAGAUCUGGGACUGGAGUCGCGAGUCUCCGUUGCUGAAUGAGAAAGAUUGGAGUAUUGCUGAUAGUACCUCUGUGGACGAUAGGUGA